AUGGUCCCACCGGGCUCUCCCGUCUGCGUUCCCUUUUUCAUUGCAAGCGUGCAGCUCAAUUCGACGCGCAACGUGUCCCUCGUCUCAACUCAUGUCAUAGCCUCGUCUAUUCUCUCUGUCUUCUCCAAUGGUCACCACACGCCGCAGAGCAGCCGCCGCCGACAUGGGAGACGACCUGCCCAGAAAGCCGUCGGCGGCUCCGAACUCGCAACCCUCGAGCGCGACCGCGACCACAACGACAACGACGACGAUGACACCGGCGCCGCGCACGCCGGCCUGGCUGCCCACACCACUCGAGCGCGUCGCCCUCGCGGUCUUCCCGCUGAUACUGGUGUUCGGCACCGUCUUCUCCGUGCUGUCGCCCGAGACGCGCGCCGCGGCGUACGACCCCGUGGCGCAGGCACACGCGCAGGACCCGGGCGCGGCGCCGAGCUACUUUGCGCGCAAGUCCAACAUCUUCAACGUGGUGUUUGUGAAGCGCGGCUGGGGGUGGACGACGUUCGCCUUUGUCUUCUUCCUGCUGACGCACCCGAGCGGCGGGCCGACGGCGCUGGAGCUGACGGUGCGGCGGCUGCGCGCGGGCGUCCGCUGGGCGCUCGUCACGGGGUGGUGGUUCCUCGUCACGCAGUGGUGCUUUGGCGCGCCGCUCAUCGACCGCGGGUUCCGCUGGACGGGCGGGCAGUGCGAGCUGGUGGAGCGCGAGGUCGAGGCCGGGACGGCGCGGGCGGGCGAGGUGAUCACGGCGGUGGCGUGCAAGUCCGCGGGCGGGCGGUGGCACGGCGGGCACGACAUCUCGGGCCACGUCUUCCUGCUGGUGCUGGGGACGGUGUUCCUGAUGCAGGAGGUGGGCUGGGCGGCGCUGCGGUGGAGCGGCAGGGCGCGCGAGGAGCGGUGCGUGGUGAUGCGCGACGGGGCGCUCAAGAGCGCGGGCGUCGAGGCCGAGGAGGCGCCUGGGAAAGGCGAGGGCAGCAUGCAGCUCGGCGCGGGAGGAAAGACGGCCGCGGCGGUGGCGGGCCUGAACCUCUGGAUGCUGCUGAUGACGGCUAUUUACUUUCACACGUGGUUUGA